GAAACUAGUCACUCCCAUGCUACAGGCUGGACAGGAUAAAUCUGCAAACAUCCAAAGGUGAUCUCAGUACACAGGUGUCAUCUUCCAAAGCGUAGACAUGGACCUGGACAUUGACUUGGAAGAACUUUGCAAGUUGGUUGUUAUAGGUGCAGGGGGCGUUGUAACUGUGGCUGCGACUCCUGCUGCUCUGGCAGGAAUGGGUUUCACCGCCACUGGAAUAGCAGCAGGCUCCAUUGCUGCCAAACUGAUGUCCUAUUUGGCAAUCAUGGGUGGUGGAGGAGUUGCAGCAGGAGGUUUUUUUGCAACCCUUCAGUCAAUUGCCAUGGGCGGUCUGUCAUGGCUUAGCGCUGGAUUUUUGGGGGGUGCUGGAUCAACAGCAGGAUGGGUCCUAUCAAGGAUCUGUAAUGGUACUCGGACAGACUAAGACUUACAGCAUGAAUGUCUGCCUAGUUUUCUCUCUACCAAAUGAACUGCACGUAAUGUUUUGCAUUAAAUUUUCAUAUUUUCCGCCUAUGCAAUAAGUUUCUUAUGUUACUGUGUUCUGUUGUGCAUUUAAGGGCAUCAUGUAGAAUGUGGUAAAGGGUCAUACACGUGUGGUUACUUUAGUUUUUGUUGUGUUUGUUUGUUUUCAUGGGGGAUCUUGUGGAUGUCAUUUUUAUAUGCUACUUAUGGCUGCUACUUACCCUGGGGGAAAAAAUGAUGGUGAAGUAAAAAUA